AUGGGAGCGUACUUGAGAAAGGUAAAGGAAGAACUCGUCAAGUUUAAAAACUAUGAGAUACUUCAGAUACCACGAGCCGAAAACGCAAACGCCGACGCUCUAGCAAAGCUAGCAUCUUCGACAGAUUCUGACACACUAGGGGUCGUUCCCAUCGAAGAAUUGGAGCGGCCGACCAUUGAGGAAAAAGCUAAGGCAUUAAUCGUCCAAACAGAUGAAAAUUGGAUGACGGCACUCAUCCAAUACCUAAUAGACGCACAACUGCCAAGCAAUAAGGAUGAAGCCAGACGGAUCAGAUACCAAGCUGCUAGAUACUUAUUGUACGAUGGCUUGCUUUACCGACGAGGCUAUUCAACACCUCUACAGCGGUGCCUGGAUGAUGCCGAAGCCCGGAAGGUGGAGGCAAAAGCUUUAACUACGACCACGGAAGCAGCCUGCACCAAAUUCAUGUGGGACAACAUUGUGUGCAGGUUUAGGGUUCCCCACUCAAUAGUAUCUGACAACAGAAAACAGUUCGACAAUGCCUCAACACGCAGAUUCUAUGACAUUUUAGGCAUUCGGAAAGACUUCUCGGUGCCAAUCCAUCCACAAUCUAAUGGACAAGUUGAGGCGGUCAAUAAAAUAUUAAAAUAUACCCUCAAAAAGAGACUCGACGAUCUAAAAGGGAAAUGGGCCGAAGAACUCCCCAAGGUCUUAUGGGCAUACAUAACGAUGAGCCGAACUACUAUGGGUGAAACACCCUUCUCCAUGACGUAUGGCGUCAAGGCAGUGCUCCCUGUAGAAAUCAAAACGCCGAUCUUGAGAAACGUUGUCCACAACGACGACGACAACACAGAAGGAAUGAACGGAGAACUCGACUUGUUGGAAGAAAAGAGGCUCGACUCCUAA